AUGGAGGCGGCCACACAGCAGCUGACCAAAAAGGUUCUAAAACUCGAUUUGGGCGGCAAGAAUCUGGAUGAGUAUUCGCUCAAGUCGCCAAAAUCGCCCAUCGCGGCACGUUUGCCGCAUCAAACAUCAUUGACGUCAUCGGUGGACGUUGAAGAUCGAAAGACAUUACGAGAGGCCUUAUAUCAGGGUAUAUUCCAUCGACAUCGGCGCACCAUAUUCGCCGUGGGCAGCUUUCUACGGAUGCUGCGCAGCCGGAAUUCGCAAUACAAUACCAUACGCAGCUCGUCGGAGGGUGAGGAUAUCGAUGAGGUUAGAUAA